CCGCAUAAUGAAACUGUAAUAAUGAAUUGCGGAUUUUAAAUAUUUAAAAAAAACUUUCAUGUCAGUAUUUAAAAAGACUAACGAGUAGUAAGCCCUGUGGAUUUUAGUUUCCUCACUGGAUAUAAAAGGAACCUAGAAGACUCUUCUGCAUAAUUGUGUCCUGUCCAAUAGGCUACUACAAGCAGGAGCUGCGAGUUAUCCCGACAACCAUCGAUACUUCACUGAUCAAUCACAAUGGAAGGCGAAGGAAAGGGGUUGACGCUCAAGCUGAUGAUGGCAGUGGGAACAGCUGUGAUUGGCUCCCUGCAAUUUGGCUACAACACAGGGGUCAUCAAUGCUCCCCAAAAGAUCAUCGAAGGCUUCUUGAAUGACACGUGGAACAGCAGGUACUCUGAGCCCAUCCCUACGACAUCCCUGACCACCCUGUGGUCCAUCUCCGUAGCCAUCUUCUCUGUCGGGGGCAUUUUCGGCUCCUUCUCCGUGGGCCUGUUCGUCAACCGCCUGGGCAGGAGAAACUCGAUGCUCAUCGCCAACGUGCUGGCGUUUAUCGCCGCCGGGUUCAUGGGCUUCUCCAAGCUGGCGGCGUCGUGGGAGAUGCUGAUCAUCGGGCGCUUCAUCGUGGGGCUCUACUCCGGCCUGUCCACUGGCUUCGUGCCCAUGUACGUGGGGGAGAUUGCGCCCACCUCGCUCCGCGGGGCGCUGGGCACUCUGCACCAGCUGGGCAUCGUCCUUGGCAUCCUCAUGGCACAGGUGUUUGGGAUCGAGUCGAUCAUGGGGAACUCCACUCUGUGGCCCUUCCUGCUGGGCUUCACAUUCAUCCCAGCCGUGCUGCAGUGUAUCCUGUUGCCCUUCUGCCCCGAGAGCCCCCGCUUCCUCCUAAUCAACCGCAACGAGGAGCUCAAGGCCAGAGAAGUGUUGGAGAAGCUGCGAGGCACUGAGGAGGUGGGCGCCGACAUGCAGGAGAUGAAGGAGGAGGCCAGGCAGAUGAUGAGGGAGAAGAAGGUGACCAUCCUGGAGCUGUUCCGCUCGCCACUCUACCGCCAGCCCAUCUUCAUCGCCAUCAUGCUCCAGCUCUCCCAGCAGCUGUCUGGCAUCAACGCUGUUUUCUACUACUCCACCAGGAUCUUUGAGAAGGCGGGGGUCUCUCAGCCAGUCUACGCUACGAUUGGUGCUGGAGUGGUCAAUACAGCCUUCACUGUUGUGUCUCUAUUCGUUGUGGAGCGUGCUGGGCGAAGAUCCCUUCACCUCACUGGGUUACUGGGGAUGGCAUUCUCAGCUGUCCUGAUGACAGUAGCCAUGGCACUGCUGGACCAGCUGCCGUGGAUGUCCUACGUCAGCAUCAUAGCCAUCUUCAGCUUUGUGGCCUUCUUUGAGAUCGGCCCGGGCCCCAUCCCCUGGUUCAUUGUGGCUGAGCUCUUCAGCCAAGGUCCUCGGCCCUCUGCCUUUGCUGUGGCUGGAUUCUCCAACUGGUCGGCGAACUUCAUAGUGGGCAUGACCUUCCAAUACGUUGAGCAACUGUGUGGCCCCUACGUCUUCAUCAUCUUCACCUUGCUGCUGCUGGGCUUCUUCAUCUUCACUUAUUUCAAGGUGCCAGAAACCAAGGGACAGUCGUUCGACGAGAUCUCCGCCGGCUUCCGCCAUGAGGCCGGACAGUCAGGGGAGAAGUAUGCGCCUGACGAAAUGAACAGCCUUGGGGGAGCCGACUCCCAACUCUAACCUCUCCUGCUCUCUGUGGUAAACAGAUGACUGCAGUAUGCCUGGGGUUCCAGGAGGGGGCGACGAGAGACUGUGUAUUCACCAUAGAGAUGUAUAGAGAUCGCAACGUUGUGUCAUUAUGGCGUCAGUGACAGCAUAAGCAGCGCCAUUGAGGCUAUCUCCAUUUUAAAGUUGUACAUUUUCUUCUUUUGAUGUUUAAAAAAAGUGCUGCAGUGUUGGAGUCUUGAACCAAAUCUUGUGUCAUUCAUUUAUUGUGGCCACUAGAUGGCAGUGAUAUAGCUUAAAAGCCCUUUACAAACUAGGCAAACCAAUUUGAAGAAGAGAAUGCUCUGAUCAUUGGGAGAAUCUCAAUUGCAUACUCCUCGCUUCCUCUCUCCUCGCCUCCUUCUCUAAACCCAUUGGAGGAGAAGGUCAGAGGGGAGGGAUGCAAUUCAGAUUCUCCCAUUGGCUGAUCCCCACCCAGUUGAAUACUUUAAAAUGGUGGAAGACCUCAAUGGCAAUGUCCAUGCAAAAAUUGGUUAUUUCCAAGUAGUGAUCUCUAUACAUCACUACUUGGAAAUAACCCAUUUUUGCAUGGAUCUCUAUACAUCUCUAUGGUAUUAACAGGAAGUAGAGGCUCUCCUUGUGAACCCUUGGGUAAUAUUGGCAGAUAUCCAUAUCAGAGACGGAAGAGAAAGCGAGACAGAGCGGGGGGCUUGGGGGAAUAAGUAGACCAGAGCCAGCUGUUAUAAAACUGUCUUUAUGAGACAUCUUCAUUAUCCACCAUCUUUGUCCAUAUGUUGUCUUGUUGGUUUAAAUCCCCAUCAGCCUGAAAGGGAAAAUAGCUUUUUAUCCUCUUUUUGUCUCUUGCUGCAGCUUAAAAGGGCUGACCAGGCUGCUAUUAAGAUAACAAAGUGAAACAUGGAUUAAACAAUGCUUUCCAUUCCACUUAUCCAAUACUUAAUAUCACCACAAACUAUGCAGUUAUUAGUGAGAUAAAUUCUCAAGUCCAACUGUUCAUCCACAAUUUACUUCAGGAAUCUCUGACAAUAAAAACAAAAACACCUGAAAAAUCUUAUUGACAAAAGGUUAAAACAAGGCACCAUAUCCCUGACCUAGCCGAGUUAUAUUUGUUCAUAUUUGACUUAUUUGUGUCUUUGCUCCUCAGUAACAGAAGAGCCAUGUGAACAGUCUUGGCUAAAGCAUUCUAUUUACUCCAUGAAAAAAUUAAUUAAUUAUGAAGCCAACUCUAUUCUCUAACUCUAUUUCCCUCAAUUAUUUUGUUUAUUAGGUGAAGUGUUAUAUUAUAUCUUAAUAUAUGACUCUGGUAGGACCUAAUGCUUGUACAGUGCAUUCGGAAAGUAUUCAGAC